GUGAUGACGUCUUCCAAACAAAGCAGUUCACUCAGGUAUCCCCGGAUUGGGAGAAGUUGUUCAAGAUAUAUUAACAAUUUUAAACCCAAAUAAAGAUAAGAGUUUUAGUCAUGUCUGUGAAUUAUGCUGCUGGCCUUUCUCCGUACGCAGACAAAGGUGUCUGCGGACUGCCUGAGAGUUUUGACACUCCUGAAGAGCUAAAGGUGAAAGUGGAGAACCUUGCUCAGCUGAUCAAAGAAUCUCAGUAUAUGGUUGUCCACACAGGAGCUGGAAUUAGCACUUCAGUAGGCAUCCCUGACUUCAGGGGUCCCAAGGGUGUGUGGACUCUGGAAGAAAAGGGUGAGUCCCCUCACUUUGACACCACAUUUGAAGAUGCCCGCCCUAGUUUGACUCACAUGGCCCUCCUGGGACUGCAGAGGGCAGGAUACCUGAAAUAUCUCAUCAGCCAGAAUGUCGACGGGUUGCAUGUUCGAUCAGGUUUCCCCAGGGAUAAACUAUCAGAGCUUCAUGGAAACAUGUUUGUGGAGGAAUGCGAGAAGUGUGGAAGGCAGUACGUGAGGGAAAAGGUGAUCGGUGUGAUGGGGCUGAAACCAACAGGACGUUACUGUGAGGUGGUGCGGUCCAGAGGGCUGAGGGCCUGCAGAGGAAAGCUGAUCAGCACUAUUUUGGAUUGGGAGGAUGCUCUUCCUGACAGAGACCUGAACAGAGCAGAUGAUGCAAGCAGACGAGCAGACCUGGCUCUGACUCUGGGCACGUCCAUGCAGAUCAAACCCAGUGGGGACCUUCCUCUCCUCACAAAGCGCAAAGGAGGGAAAGUGGUUAUAGUCAACCUGCAGCCAACCAAACAUGACAAACACGCCCACCUACGUAUCAACGGUUAUGUGGACGAUGUCAUGAAGCAGCUGAUGGAGCUGCUUGAUUUAGAAAUUCCAAAAUGGGAGGGACCAACCAUCUGUGAGAGCUCUGCCCCGUCUGACACCAACGCUGACGUUAAGCCCCCUCACAACGUUUCUGCAAAGGCCGAGGUGAAAAGGGACAUCAUCAAGCAGGAGAGGAAAAGAGAAGCGACAGAGCUAGUAGAGGACGGGAGUGCAAAAGAGGAGACUAUUUCAAUAAAGAAAGAGCGAGCAGAUUUAACCGUGGAGACCGAGGAGAAAUAACCUCAGGAUUUCUUUAUUUUACUUUUCUUUUUUAGCUCAGGACACGUAAAAAAAAAAAAAAAAAAACCUGUUUAGAAACGUAUUCUUCAGGUGAAAGUUUGAUCAAGCUACAGAAAGAACAGAAGUCUGUCUUAGUAUGUGCCAUCUAGCAGGAAAAUACUCGUUAUUCUGGCUUGAUGAUGAAACCGUCCUUUUGCUGCUGCUGUAAAGUCAUAAUACCUCACUGAUACAUGCCUUUUUGGUAGUGUUUCUCCUAACAGGAACAUACCAAAAUGUAUACUUCAUCCAACUCUGAGCCUGAUAUCUCCGGAUGAACAAUCUAACAGGACAGUACAACAAGAUGAGAUCUGGAGCAUGUCGUUACGUAUAAAGUUUUUAAUAAGGUGUGUAAGUUUGCUGCACCUUAUUAAUAUUUAUAGCAUGUGCUCCAGAUCUCGUCCCUGCAGAUCUCGCCUUUUAAGUCUCCUUGGUUUGAUACAUUAUGAAAAGGAAUAUCAAGCGAGCUGCUUCUCCAAGUCUGGCUGACUUAUACGCUACAGUGAAAACAUACAGCAGCGGCGAGAGGUGGGGCGGGCUGGGAUUUUAGGUCAGGUUUGGUUUUUGAACCACGAUUGAAUCAUAAUCAUCCUGUAUGUUUCUAGGAAUAAGGUUUGAAUGUAGAAAAGACAGUUCUACUUUCUAGGGGAAAAAAGGUUUCUUUAUAGAUUGUUGUUGUUUAUCCUAUUUUUUUUUUUACACUGAAUGCUUUAUAUCUGUAAACAUGUUUAGAGAGUAAAAAACAAAGUUUG